AUGGCAUCGAAGCGGCGAGGUUCGGCUUCGGUAUCGACCUCCGCCUCAGGGCCAUCGACGCCUGCUGUCGUCUCUCCGGAGCGCGAAGUUCCUACGCUCGCCAGUACCAGCGGUCUGGUCGACGCUGCUGCCGAGGGAACGCCAACUCCGGGCUAUAACGUUACUCCCGCACCUGGCCACAACGACAAGGUCGCCCGACCGGCGCAGGUGGUUGCUGGGAGUGGUGACGGUCUUGAGCGCGGGGAAGAGUGCUUCAUUUGGACCGAGUUACCGAUGAACAGUAAAGGUUUCCGAUCCGGACGUGCUACGCUCGCUGUUCGCGAAGGAUUGUGGUACUACGAGGUCCUCAUCGAGAACGGCUCGGGCUCCAGGGGUGCUUCGAAGGGAUCGGGCGAUAGCGGCAACCCACACGUGCGAAUAGGAUGGGGUCGACGUGAGGCCGUACUGGACGCGCCCGUCGGCGCAUGUGGCUACAGCUAUGGUAUCCGGGACGUCAACGGCGAAAAGCUCCACAUUGCUCGCCCGAAGCCAUACGCCAACAAGCCGUUCUCUACUGGGGAUGUGGUCGGAUGUUUGAUCAGUCUUCCGAAGCGGUCGGAGCCGGAGAAUCGGGACGACGCUGCGUACGUCAAAAGGUGGCGUGUGCCUCUCCGCUACAAGGGCCAGCAGUACUUCGAGCAAGAUGAGUAUCCGAUUCAGAAGGAGAUGGAGGCUCUUGUGAACCGGGAGGGCAAGCCGCCGAUGGCAGACGUGCCGGAGGUCAAGAAGGGUAUCAAGAAGAAGAAGGGCGACGCGGAACCUGCAGCGCCGAUCAACCGUGAUCUCAAGACACUGGAAGGUAGCUACAUCGAGUUCUUCAUCAAUGGCGUGAGCUAUGGCAAGGCCUUUGAGAACAUUUACGACUUUCUCCCUUUACCGCCCUUACCUGGCCAAAUCCCUCCACCAAAGAAGCGUAACACCGGCGACCGCGAGCGCGCGCUGUGCCACGACGACGGCACGCUGGGCUACUUUCCGAUGGUGUCGUGUUUUGGACGGGGCAAGGCGCGCGUAAACUUUGGCCCUGACUGGUUCGCACCUGUUGAGCUUCCUCCGGGGACGCGCGGUGUAGCCGAGCGGUGGGACGAGUUUCGUGCCGAGGAGGAGAAAUGGGAUGAGCGGGAUGAGAUCGAGUUGACGGAAAAGAUCAAUAAGGAUCUAGAGGCGGCACGCCUCGCAGAGGAAGCCGCCAAAGCGCGAGGGGAGAUGGAGCCGCAACCAAAGCGCCCAUCCAAGAAGAAGAAGCUCGGCACUGGCGCUAGCAACGCUAGCACUCCAGUAAACGGAACACCCGUGCCCGAAUCUCACCCCAUGCCUCACUUUGAGGGCACUCCUGGUCCUGCCAGCACGCCUGCAGCGCCGGACAGAAGCUCGCCCGCGCCGAUGGACGUUGACGAGGAGCGUAAGCCUCAUUUGCAGUUGCACAGCCCCGAGGUCAAGGAUGCUCUUGUGGAGGAGCAGAUGGCAGCCUACUACAUGCCUCCCUCCUCUCGAGCGGAGGCAACCCCAGCCUUUACGCCUUCCGACCUUCCAGCCGACCUUCCAGCGCGGCUACCAACUCCGCCCCCUCCCCCUCAGGCGCCUGCCGUCAAGGACGAGCCCUAG